GCCGCUGCGAUGUACCGUAUCGCCGCUGCUGCGAAACCUUCGCAGCGCCCGCUGGUGCGCUGUGUCUCGACCACCUUUAACUCACAUGGCGGUACCGGUAGCGCGAGUUCCUUGGAGGGGUACACUCCACCCACAACCAGCCCGGCAAACGAUAUGAUCGCGCAAUUGGCUGCAAAGCAUCUUGACAGGUUGAGCUUAAAGGACUUGAUUCGGUGGGUUCACCCUAGCCGCUACCCCGGCCUAAAGUAAUGGCUUAUUUGUCUGUCCAGCUUCGGCCGUCCGCCACUAUCCACCCAAUCCCUCCUUACCUCUGCGCGCUUCACAAGAGAAUACCUGCCCGUCCGCCUCUCGAGACGGAUCCGAGCGCUGCGCAAUCUCCCCUACAUCAUCGUUUCGAACCCGAACAUUUCAACAAUCUACAAUAACUACAUUGACUCGCUCUCCGCCAUCCUCGCCUUUCCCGCGGGGAGCUUAACCAGCCUAACCGAGGAGAGCAAGUUCACCGAGCUCCUAACAGAGAUCGUCAACACGCACAGCAACACCAUCCCCACCCUCGCCAAGGGUUUCUUAGAGUGUCGCGGGUACACCACUCCGGGAGAGGCCACAAAAUUUCUCGACCACCACUUGAGAGCUCGCAUUGGUACCCGGCUGAUGGCGGAGCAGCACAUCGGCCUACACCUUGCCUCGGUCCCGCAGCCGCCGACCGUAAGCGUCCCCGGAAAGUCUUACAUAGGAACCGUAGACACUGAACUCCGCCCCGCCGAGAUCAUCGAGUCGUGCGCUUCCUUCGUCGGGGAUAUCUGUGAGCUGCGGUACGGUGCCAGGCCCAAACUCACCAUCGACGGAAACCCCGACAUCACGUUUCCUUACAUACCCGUUCACCUGGAGUACAUAAUCACGGAGCUCCUGAAGAACGCCUUUCGCGCGACCAUCGAGGCCAAUUCUCCGGUUCCCAUAAUCGUGACCAUCGCAGCAGCACCCGGCCCACCGGACGCUGGCGGCAUCACGAUCCGGAUCCGCGACCAGGGUGGCGGGAUAGCGCCCGAUGACCUGGGCCACAUAUGGUCGUACUCCUUCAGCACCUUCAACGGCUCCCGCUCGUCCAUCGGGUCGGGAAACUCGGGACAUCUGGAGGGCGUUGAUGACGGUGCCCCCGAUGGGGGGAUGGAUGCCAUGGGCAGGUUCACCGAGAGCGCAGGUGCGCUGGAACCAAGCUCCAUAGCCGGGUUGGGUUACGGAUUGCCGAUGAGCAGGGCUUACGCGCAGUACUUUGGCGGCAGCCUGAAGGUGCAGAGUGCAUAUGAGUGGGGUACCGACGUGUAUCUGAGACUGAAGGGAGUGGGGCUUGAUGGGCUUUAA